AUGUCCAAACUCUUCGUCGUCUUUGGCGCCACUGGCCAACAAGGAGGCUCCCUCGUCGACUAUUUGCUCAACAACCCCACCUUUUCUAAACAGUACAAGGCGGACCUGAGCAAGCCGGAAACCUUACCAGCCGCCGUGGAGGGCGCCGAUGUUGUGUUUUCUGUCACAAACUAUUGGGACACCGCGAGCGGUGAAGCUGAAGAAGCCCAAGGCAACGCUGUAGCCGAUGCGGCACGCGCCGCCGGUGUCUCGCAAUUCAUCUGGUCUUCGCUUCCGAGCAUCGCAAAAGAUAGCAAUGGAAGAGUGACAGACGUUGACCAUUUCGAGAGCAAGGCGAGGGUAGAGGAGUAUACCAAGACACUUGGUUUUCCCUUCACCGCGUUCUUCCAUGCCGGAUGGUAUAUGCAGAAUGCCAAGAGCGCCGGUCUCCCUCCAGUAACUCCGCUCCCCGACGGAACCGCCAUUUUCCCCUUCGCAUGGCCAGACGAGCUGGAGUUGCCGUACAUUGACAUCACCGACAUUGGAAAGUACCUCGCCCCGGCCCUGCGGGACCCCGAGGGCUGGAACGGCAAGCGCAUCUACGGCGCCACCGCCAUCUACACGUGCAAGGAAAUCGCCGACACCAUGACCCGCGUCACGGGCAGGAAGGUGCGCUACGCGACCUUGGCGGAGUUGCCCCCUUCUACGGGGAGCUGGCCCGAGGAGAACGUGCUUAGGCCUAGUCCGUUUAUGCUGCAGGGCAGCUUCUUCGGCAAGAACGGACCCGCGGAGCUCAAGUCGCUGCACGCGCAGAUGGACGAAGCGCCUACUACUUGGGAGGAAUAUGUGAAGAAGAGUAGCCCUUGGUUCUGA